UCAACAGCAUAAUUAGCGACGACGUCACGUCAGGUGAAUGCUAAACAUGGAAGAGUAAUUCCUUGUCAAUUAAAAGUUUUUAAAUAGUCAGUCAUGGCUAAACAGUACGACAUUUUGUUCCGGAUUCUCCUACUCGGGGAUUCGGGGGUCGGCAAGACUUGUAUGCUGCGUCGCUUCACGGACAAAGAGUUCGAUACUGGACAUAUCUCCACUAUCGGUGUGGAUUUUAAAAUGAAAACGCUAGAAAUGGAUGGAAUCAAGGUGCGGGUACAAAUAUGGGACACCGCCGGUCAAGAGCGCUAUCAGACCAUUACCAAACAGUACUACAGGCGUGCACAGGGUAUCAUCUUUGUUUACGACAUCACAUCUGAGUCCUCCUUUCAGCACAUAGUCAAGUGGGCAACCGACGUGGAUGAGUACGCACCAGACAAGGUACAGAGGAUUUUGGUAGGAAACAAAUCGGACGAAGAGCCAAGGAGGCGAGUGACGAGGGAAGAAGGAAGCAAGCUGGCAGAAAGGUAUGGAAUGGAUUUUUUCGAGACCAGCGCAUCCACGAGCAACAACAUCGACAAGUCAUUCAAACGAGUGACAGAACUGGUGCUGCAGGCUCACAAGAGAGAUGUGGAUAACCUGCUAGGAUCUCUGGAUGAGUAUUUAAACAAGGCCGGGCUGGACGAAAACGGUCAAGAUAAAAUCGGCAGCAUUCGGAGAGUUUGUGCCUGUGCCAGAAUCUUUUGAAACAGCAUUGUCCUACUCUCGAGUUUCAUUCACCUGCUUUGUUGUUGUUGUUGUUGUUGUUGUCGCCCCCCCCCCCUCCCCAAGACCUGCUGGUUUUGUUGCUGACUGUGGAGGCAUAUGCAUUUUACUACUAUCUGCCAACAGAAGGCCGUAAAAUACCACAUCUCCUUUCACCACUUCUUACACUGUUGCUUUCUAAUCUUAUUUUUAGUCUAUUAACUUAUAAUGCAUUGUUGGGUGUAAAGUGCGAGGAAGACAAUGAAUUACAAACGCAGUCAAUAUGAUACCCCCUUUUCUGAAUGCUGUACAGUGAACCCCUGCUUUUCACAGAGAUAGGGAUGGGGCCCAGCCCCAAAUAGAUAAAAUCUGCAAGUGAUUGACGCCCUACCCAAAAAGGUCUGGCGUUGCCUUCAGAUGCCACUAGAUGCGGUAAAUCAUUCUUUUUAUAUUAGACAAGGCUAUGUCCUGAUUGAAUAUACCACAAACUGUGCAAAAUUAGGGUUUUUAUAUUAGUCAUGGCUUUGGCUUGAGCAUAAAAAUAGGAAGUAGGUGAGUUUUUCAGCGAAUGACGGAGAAUAGGUUUAACAAAAAAAAUCUGCAACUAGGCAGAUUUGCGAAUGCCAAAUGAUAAAUUUGCUGGGGUUUGCUGCACUUUAUAUUUAGCAUGUGACAAUGAUUAGGACUGCACUUGAAUGACUAGUUUCCAAGUCAAUUGAACUUUAGUCACGGACAUUUUAACUGAAUGGAUGUUUUUAAAACGUGCUGGGGAAAAUUUUCUCAAAUUAAAUAAAUGUUUAAAAAGUAA